GCCGCACUGAUGCUGAUAUUUCUCUCCAGCAUCACCAGCGGAGAGGAGGAGGAGGAGGAGGAAGGAGAGGUUGUGUCAGGUGGAAACGGGGACCUCUAUGGAUAUCAUCACCACCCUCCACCGGCUCACAUCCUCAGCACCGACAGCAUCUCCCGGCCGGCGGUCACCGCUGCAGGCACGCAGCGCCCUUCCUAUGCGCCAAGGCAUUGUAUUUCCACGUUACAGACACCUCGGACUGCUUCUGUAAUUGCCCCUAGACAAACCGCUUCCUUUUUCUUAUAAGGACUAAUCUAGGGAAGACCCAGCUGGAAUAAAAGCGGAGCGUCCGUCUCCUCCAUUGAUGAAGCGCUCUCUUCAUCGAUUCAGUCCAACGACGUCUUGGUAUAAGAGGAGGACAAAACCAACCCCAAAAAACUGACACUGAGGCUGAAGGGCGUCGGGCGCGAUGGCUAAUGCCUCCCCAGAUCUGGACAACGCGGAUGCCCAGCGCCAGCUCAACAACAACAACCGACCAAUCAGCUCUGGGUUCUGGGAGACAGAGUGUACCAGCUCCAAGCUGUUCGAGUGCUCCCGCAUCAAGGCCCUGGCAGAUGAACGAGAUGCGGUGCAGAAGAAGACUUUUACCAAGUGGGUCAACUCGCAUCUGGCCAGAGUGUCCUGUCGCAUAUCUGACCUGUACAACGACCUGAGAGAUGGAUACAUGCUUACCAGACUGCUGGAGGUCCUCAGCGGAGAGCUGCUGCCGAGGCCUACUCGGGGUCGUAUGCGGAUCCACUGCCUGGAAAACGUUGACAAAGCCCUGCAGUUCCUCAAAGAACAGAGGGUUCACCUGGAAAAUGUUGGUUCCCAUGACAUUGUGGAUGGAAACCACCGCCUCACUCUGGGCCUUAUCUGGACCAUUAUUCUACGCUUCCAGAUCCAGGUGAUCAAAAUAGAGACAGAGGACAACAGAGAAACUCGCUCUGCCAAGGAUGCCCUGCUGCUCUGGUGCCAGAUGAAGACCGCAGGGUACCCUGAGGUCAAUAUCCAGAACUUCACCACUUGCUGGAGAGACGGCCUUGCCUUUAAUGCCCUCAUACACAGACACAGACCUGACCUGAUAGAGUUCCACAAGCUGACACGAUCCAAUGCAACCCAUAACCUCCAGCAAGCCUUCAACAUCGCUGAGCAGCACCUGGGCCUCACCAAACUCCUGGACCCUGAGGAUGUGAACACAGAGAACCCAGACGAAAAGUCCAUCAUCACCUAUGUGGUCUCCUACUAUCACUACUUCUCCAAGAUGAAAGCUCUUAUUGUGGAAGGCAAGAGGGUUGGCAAGGUACUAGACAACUGUAUUGAGGCAGAGAAAAUCAUCAACCGCUAUGAGGCUUUGGCAUCAGAUCUGCUGGACUGGAUUGAGAAGACCAUUGCGGUCAUCAGCAACCAGAAGUUUGCUAACUCACUGACCGGAGUUCAGCAGCAGCUUCAGGCCUUCACAACCUACUGCACCAUAGAGAAGCCAAUCAAGUUUCAGGAGAAGGGGAAUCUCGAGGUCCUUCUCUUCACCAUCCAAAGCAAACUCAGAGCCAACAACCAGAAACCCUAUGUGCCUCACGAUGGGAAGCUCAUCUCAGACAUCAACAAGGCCUGGGAGAGACUGGAGAAGGCGGAGCACGAGAGGGGCGUGGCUCUGCGCAAGGAGCUGAUUCGUCAGGAAAAGCUGGAGUUGUUGGCUCAGCGCUUUGACCAUAAAACCACCAUGAGACAAGCCUGGCUCAACGAAAAUCAGCGACUUGUAUCACAGGACAAUUUUGGCUACGACCUACCAGCAGUCGAAGCAGCAAUGAAGAAACACGAGGCCAUCGAGGCGGACAUAGCCUCGUAUGAAGAACGAAUUGGAGUGGUGGUGGAACUUGCAGCAGAGAUGGAGGCGGAAGGAUACUACGACAUCCGGCGGAUCUUGGCACGCAAGGAGAACAUCCUGGGGCAGUGGGGUCUACUGAAGGAACUGGUGGCAGGGAGGAGAACCCGUCUGGAGAAGAACCUGGCACUGCAGAAGACUUUUCAGGACAUGGUCUACAUGAUCGACUGGAUGGAGGACACACAGGUCCAGCUGUUGUCAAAGGACUUUGGGAAGCAUCUUCUGGAGGUGGACGACCUGCUUCAGAAACACAGCCUGCAGGAAGCUGACAUUGCUGUACAGGCUGAGAGGGUCGAGACCCUGAACACAGCUGCUCUGAAAUUCACCACGAUAGAGGGUUACCAGCCGUGUGACCCGCAGGUGAUCUGUAACCGUGUCAACCAUGUCUCUUCUUGUCUGGAGGAGCUGAAACAACUGGCAGCUAAAAGACGAGCUGAGCUCGAGGAGUCGAGACAGCUGUGGGCCUUUUUUCAGGAGCUGGAGGAGUCGGAGGCCUGGAUCAGGGAGAAGAGCUCCAUCCUGGGAGCUCAGGGUUAUGGGAAGGACCUGAGCAGUGUACUGAGGUUACUUCAGAAACACAAGACUCUGGCUGGAGAACUGCUGGCUCACCGGUCGCUGCUGCAGAACACCAUGAAGCGAGGAAAGCAGAUCCUGAGUGAGAAGAGCUUUGGCACAGCUGGGAUCCAGGAGCGCAUCAUGGAGGUGAAGGGCGAGUGGAAGCGACUGGAGGACCAGGCGGCGCAACGUCUCGGCCACCUGCAGGAGGCUCUCAACUUUUUCCAGUUCUCCACGGAGACAGACGACUUGGUGGCCUGGCUGCAGGAUGCUUACCGCCUGGUCUCCAGCGAAGACUUCGGACACGACGAGUACUCUACUCAGUCACUGCUCAAGAAACACAGAGGGGUCAGCGAGGCCGUCGACAAACAUCGUCUGCACGUGGUGGCGCUGCGCAAACACAUGGUGGCACUUCCUCUGCAGUACCGUGAACAGGAGGAGGUGCAGGUUCGUAUGGGAGAGGUGGAGCAGCUGUAUACAGAGGUGGCCGAGGUGGCGGUGCUCAGACAGCAGUGGCUUCAUGAUGCCCUCGCUGUGUACCGCAUGUUCAGUGAGGUCAACGCCUGUGAGCUGUGGAUUGAUGAGAAGGAGCAGUGGCUGGAUAAGAUGGAGAUCCCAGAGAGGCUAGAGGACGUGGAGGUGGUGGCACACAGGUUUGAGAGUCUGGACCAGGAAAUGAACAGCCUGAUGGGAAGGAUCCUGGAUGUUAAUCAGAUAGUUCAGCAGCUCCUGGAUGGAGGUCAUCCAUCUUCUACAGAGGUCAGAGGUUGUCAGGACCACCUCAACUCCAGGUGGAACACCAUUGUGGAGCUAGUUGAGCAGAAGAAAGAUCAGCUAGACUCGAUGUUACGCCUGCAGAACUAUCUGCUGGAGUGUGCCGAGAUCAAGUCCCAGAUCCAGGACAAGAGAAAAGCCAUCGACGCCACCCAGUACGUGGGCAGCGAUCUGGGAGGAGUCCUGGCUCUGCAGAGACGCCUUUCCACCAUGGAGGGAGCCCUGUCUGUCCUGGAGCCCAAACUACUACAUCUGCAGGAGGAGGCAGAGCAUCUGGCCACCGCUCACCCGGGUCGAGCCAUGGAGGUUCUUGUGCCAUUUGACGGCAUCAGUGUGGAGUGGGAGGAGCUGAAACACACCCUGCAGGGCUGUGAGGACUCACUGAUGGUGGCUAGCAGGCUGCAAAGCUUCAUCCAGGACCUGGACUCGUUCCUCACCUGGCUGGUCCAGACGCAGACAUCCGCUGCCUCAGACCAGCUGCCCAAUGACCUGGAGGAGGCUGAGAGACUCAUCAACAAACAUGCUGCCCUCAAGGAGGAGAUAGGACGGUAUGAGGAGGACUACGAGCGCCUGCAGGCCAUGAACGAGCUGCUGGAGUCUGAAGAGGCUCCUCUCCCCCAGGCCGCCCUGCAGCAGUGGCUCCAGAAGCUCGAUGUUGGCUGGAAUAAACUGCUGGAGAUGUGGGAGAGCAGAAGAGAGGUUCUGGUCCAGGCUCACAUUUUCCACCUGUUCCUGCGAGAUGUUAAACAGGCUGAGUCCUUCCUCAAUAACCAGGAAUCGGCCCUCGCUCACGUGGAGCUGCCCACCACGGUGGAAACAGUUGAAGCUGCCAUAAAGAAACACAAGGACUUCACCACCACCAUGGAGCUGAACCUACACAGGAUCAAAGCUGUGAUCGAGGCUGGAGAGAGUCUGAUCAGCCAGAGCAACAUCUACUCUGAACGCAUCAGGGAACGCAUCGACACCCUCGCCAACAGGGGAAACCAGAACAGAGAGCUGGCCCAGCAGUGGUUGGAAAAACUGAACGAUCAGUGGGAACUUCAGAGGUUUCUCCAGGACUGUCAUGAGCUGGGGGACUGGGUGUGUGAGAAGAUGCUGAUGGCGAGGGACAGCAGCCGAGACGAGACCCAGAAGCUUCAUAAGAAAUGGCUGAAACACCAGGCCUUCAUGGCCGAGUUGGCCCAGAAUAAGGAAUGGCUGGACAAAAUUGAAAAGGAGGGCCAGCACCUGAUCCAGGAGAAGCCAGAGCUCAGCCCUGUGGUCCGGAAGAAGCUGGAGGAGAUCAGGGAGUGCUGGCAGGACCUCGAGAGCACCACCCAGGCCAAAGCCCGCCAGCUCUUCGAGGCCAACAAGGCAGACCUGCUGGUGCAGAGCUACGAAAGCCUAGACCAGAGACUGGGCCAGCUGGAGGGUCAACUGGCCUACGUGGACCAGGGACAGGACCUCACCACCGUCAACAAGCAGCUAAAAAAACUACAGACCAUGGAGACCCAGAUGGAGGAGUGGUAUAAGGAGGUGGGGCAGCUCCAGGUGCAGGCAGCUUCCAUCCCACAGCAGACGCAGAUCAAGGAGACGGUCGCAGGGCGCCAGGCGGCCGUGGAGGCCAGGAUGGUGCGUCUGAUCGAGCCGCUGAAGGAGAGACGACGCAUCCUGCUGGCAUCUAAGGAAGUCCACCAAGUCGGACGAGACCUGGAGGACGAGAUUUUGUGGGUCCAGGAGCGCCUCCCGAUGGCCAUGUCUCAGGAGCACGGCUCCACCUUGCAGGCGGUCCAGCAACUCAUGAAGAAGAAUCAGACACUUCAGAGGGAGCUGCAGGGCCAUAGAAGCAGGAUCGAGGACGUCCUGGAGAGGGCAGGGAUCAUCGCCUCCAUACGCAGCCCCGAGGCCGACUGCGUCAGGGCUGGUCAUGACCAGCUGGCCCAGCUGUGGUCUCUGCUCUGGGCAGAGACCGAGAGGAGGCAACUGGUCCUGGACGCCAUGUACCAGGCUCAGCAGUACUACUUUGACACUGCUGAAGUGGAGGCCUGGCUGAGUGAGCAGGAGCUACACAUGAUGAAUGAGGAGAAGGGAAAGGACGAGCCGAGCACACUGCAGCUGCUGAAGAAACACUUGGUCCUGGAACAGACCAUCGAGGACUAUGCUGAGACCAUCGGCCUGCUGUCACAGCAGUGUCGACAGCUGCUGGAGAUGGGGCACCCAGACUGCGAGCACAUCAGCAAGCGCCAGUCGCAGAUCGACCGUCUGUACGUGUCUCUGAAGGACCUGGUGGAGGAGAGGAAGAGCCGCCUAGAGCAGCAGUACUGGCUCUACCAGCUCAACAGAGAGGUGGACGAGCUGGAGCAGUGGAUCGCUCAGAAGGAGGUGGUUGCCAGCUCGCCCGAACUGGGUCAAGACUUUGAGCAUGUCACAGUCCUGCAGGAGAAGUUCACAGAGUUUGCAUCAGAGACAGGCAGUGUGGGGCAAGAACGCGUGACGGCCGUCAACCAGAUGGUGGACGAGCUCAUCGACUACGGCCACUCAGAGGCCGCCACCAUCGCUGAAUGGAAGGACGGGGUGAACGAGGCCUGGGCCGACCUGUUGGAGCUCAUGGAGACCCGGGCGCAGAUGCUUGCCGCCUCACACCAGCUGCACAAGUUCUUCUCUGACUGUAGAGAGAUUUUGACUCAGAUUGAGGACAAACAUCGAAGACUGCCAGAAGUUCGGGCUCGGCAGGGCAGCACUGCCAACACCAGCACCCUGCAGAGACUCCUGCACAGCUUUGAGCAGGACAUACAGCUGCUGGUCACGCAGGUGCGUCAGCUACAGGAGAGCGCGGCCCAGCUGAGGACGGUGUACGCCGGCGAGAAAGCUGAAGCCAUCGCAUGUUGUGAGCAUGAAGUGAUGCAGGGCUGGAAAGAGCUGCUGACAUCCUGUGAAGAGUGUCGAGUGCAAAUCACCACAGAGACAGACAAGCUGAGGUUCUUCGGCAUGGUCCGAGAUCAGAUCAUGUGGAUGGAUUCGAUCAUCUGUCAGAUAGGGACAGGAGAGAAGCCCAGGGACGUGUCCUCGGUAGAGGUGCUUAUGAAUUAUCACCAGAGUCUUAAGAGCGAAGUGGAAGCUCGCAGCCGGAGCAUAAUGGAGUGUAUUGAAAUGGGAAAGACCCUCCUGGCUGCUAGAAAUCCUGCAGCUGAAGAGAUCAAGGAGAAGCUGGACAAGGUGGUUGCUAAGCAACGUGAGCUGUCUGAGAAGUGGGACAAGCACUGGGAAGUCCUACAGCAAUUGUUGGAGGUUCACCAGUUUGCCCAGGACGCGGUGGUGGCAGAGGCGUGGCUGACAGCUCAGGAGCCGUUCAUUAACAGCAGCGAGCUGGGCGGGAGUGUAGACGAGGUGGAGCAGCUUAUUCGUCGACAUGAAGCCUUCCGCAAAGCCGCCGCUACCUGGGAAGAACGGUUCAGCUCACUGCGACGACUCACUACGGUAGAAAAGUUGAAAGCAGAGCAAAGUAAACUACCCCCAACUCCUCUGCUGGGUCGUAAAGUCUUCCUGGACCCCCAAGAUGCCGCACCCAGUCCAGCCACCCUCCCCCGCCUGCCAAUCUCCCCCGUUAUGAGACAAACCAUCUAUGAACAGAACGAAGCCAGCUCUCCUCCUUCACCCUCGCCUGCCACCCCUACACCCUCUCCUUCUUCUGUGGUUCGUCGCCUGGGGUCGACAGUCGCCAACUACACCCCUGUGAUGAAUGGCUCCAGCUACCGCCACACCCUGGAGGCACGGCACGGCGGGGUGGUGGGUGUGGCCGCAGGAUUAGGCCAGCCUGCACUGUCCUCGAUUGCGUCUAUUGCCACGGCGGCCAUGCUAGUCUCAGCCAACCAGGUACGAGAGGGCGCCAGCACGGCGAGAGACCAGGCGACGAAGGUGAUGAGUCACCUCCAGCCAGUGCAGGCAGCGAGGGAACUAGAGGCGAAAUCAUCCCCGUAUCUAAGGCAACCCAAAAUCAAACACAUGGAUGACGCAGUGACGCCCCUGCUCGUAGCCAGCCGGCUGGAGAAGGUGAGGGAGAGGGGGAGGGAGAGAGAGAUCAUGAUGGGAGAGAUAGGGACAGAGAGAGCAGAGGUAGCGGUGAUGGCCGAGGUGGUGCUCCAGGAGCCGAGUCGGGAGCGUCUACACAGUGAACCCACCAGAGGGCCUCGGGGGUCCAGGACCGACCCAUUGGGCCACGCCGAGCCCCAGGUCCAGACACACACCUACCACAGGGACCACAGGAUAGAACGGCAGCUGUCCAGCGAGCAGCUGAUCCAAGCUCGCAGGGACGAGCUGCCUCAGGAGGUGUGGAGGGAACAGGCUGAGAGACGAGAGAGACGGACACUGGAAAGACAAACGUCCAGCGAGCAGGAGGGUCACGGGGGCCACGAGGGCCGGCGGAGAGAGAGGGACCGACACCGGCUGGAGAGACAAGAAUCCAGUGAGCAUGACACCGGGAAGGAGCACUCAGACAGGCGCUCAGGAGGAGGAGAGAAGAGAUCCACCCUGGCAGAAAUUGUAGAGCAGCUGCAAGAAAGAGAAGCAGCACAGGCCCGUGGUGAGGUGCCCCGCCUCCCUAACGGGUUACCAGAGAAGUCUUCCCGUCCCGACCGGCCUCGAGCUCGGGACAGACCCAAACCACGGCGCCGACCGCGACCCAAAGAGCCAGGCGAGACGACACGACGGUCCAGGUCUGCUCCUGCUCAGAGCAGCCCGGCAGUCCCCCAGCCGCCAACACACACCGCACACCAUGAGGGCUUCCUUUUCCGCAAGCUGGACAUCGAGAGUCUGAAGAAAAGCACCAACAGGUCAUGGGUCAACCUGUACUGCGUGCUGAAUAAAGGAGAGAUGGGUUUCUACAAGGACGCCAAGAACACCACCACGCCCUACAACAACGAGCCGCUGCUCAGCCUCUCCCACUGCCACUGCGACGUCACUAACGGCUACAAGAAGAAGAAGAACGUCUUCACGCUCAAAACGAAGGACGGCAGCGAGUUUUUGUUUCAUGCUAAAGAUGAGGAGGACCUCAAAGCAUGGGUGACCAACAUCACCACCAGUAUUUCAGAGCACGAGGAGAUUGCCAAAUGGGGUCAGCCCCAACCAACUACCUCAUCCACCGACGAGGGUACACGGCGCGACGGCAGCAAGGCGGACAACAGGUCAGAGCGAGGCGGUGAGCGCUCGGACCGGGCCGACCGGAUCGAGAGGGCAGACAAAGAAAGGGAGAAAGAGAGGGAGAGAGAGAAGGAGAGGGAGAGAGGCGAACGGUCGGAGAGGUCAGAUAAGGGUGGGAAGUCGGACGCGAAGCGCUCAGAGAAAUCUGGUAAGAAAAAGUGAACCGGGCGACGUACUGGUCGGGAUUGAAGCAUACGAACUCCGGAUGGGAGGCGGGGCUGUAGACUGGUAGUGAACGCCCCCCUCCUUCUCUCCGCCUCCAACACUGUCAACAAAGAGGUUGUGUUUGGAUGGAAAGUGACACACAGGACAGAAGGAUUGACCCAGGCUCACUCAUAGGACGGACAGGACGAAAUUUGGAGCAGGAGACAUCUUUCUCUCUCUCUCUUUCUCCCUCUCUUCUGUGUCUCUGUGAGAACACACAGAGCCACUGACGCCCCCUGGUGGCUGUUUCAGAGAACUGCCGAGGGCGGAGUUUUGUGCUGCUGAACCUCGGGCAGUGUUAAUGCAAGGAAGAGGCGGGACACGUAUCACGUUAACUUGAAGGCUGUUACUGUUUGCUGGUAGUGCGAUAAAACGUAGCUCAUACUGUUCCACAUGCUGUUUGUUUUUUCUAUGAGAUGAGCUCUAUCUGUAUGUAUUUCUCGUCCGUCUGUCCUAUCUACUGUAUCUAUCUGUCUGUCUGUAAGUUGAGACAUCCUACACUAUGUCUUAUUACUCCUUGGAAAUCGAAAGAGAAAGAAAUUAUGCCAAAAUGUUUUACAGACAUACAAACUUAGAGAAACUUUUUUGUUAACUGUUUUCGCUCCAAUUUGUCCCAUCUGUCUUGAGGUCUGGCCAUUAAAAAAACAAGUGACACCACAUUCAUCCAGACUCAUCAUGGAUGAAGUAACACUGCUGAUGAGCUGCUGAUUUUAGGAGGAUGGAAAGAUGAUGAUUUAAGACAAGAGGGGAGUAGAGGGGCGACCGGAGUGAACGCCAAAACAAGAGGAGAGCAGAAAUUUGUAAUUGUUCAGAAAUGAAUAAAAACGCAUCCAAAAGCUUGAAAUCCUGACCGUGAGAAAGAUCACAGCCCUGAAAUCUGCUUGAAAUUUUCUUAAGUUUAAUGUUGGAUAUCUGUCUGGGAAGAGCAACUGGAGCAGCUUCCCCUUUGUUUAUGUAGAGUUUAUUUAGAACCGCAGGAUUUCUGCAGGACAGACGAGUCACGAGGUGUUCAAACUGUGACAUAAAGACCACAGGACCACUUGGUCGCUGCUGCCACUUGUCUAAUUCAUAAAGAUAUAAAGGACAGAUGCACAGUUCUACAGAAAGAGUCAGAAAGAGAUGGACUUAAACUGAUGGUAGACUCUGGUUCCCCAGGGGCCUCAUUCAUUAAAAUAUUGUUUUAUUUUUCUCGAAUUAAAAAAAAAAAAAAAAUAGAUACAAACUGAUGAUACUGCAAAAAAAUAUAGCAUUCCUAUUUUAGGUAACUGUAGAGAUUUAAGUUUUGAUAUCUUUAACAACACUGGUGAAAUUCAUUUUAACUUUCUGAUUUUAGCAUCAAGAUCAGUUUUCCAUAAAUCACAUGUUUGGCUUUGGUCAUAAGCACAAAAUCUGCACCUGACAUGUUUUUAAUGAAUGAGGCCCUCAGGCUGAAAACAGGCCUCAUCUCAUCAUUCUCUAACAAUAUCAAACUAAUACUUGGAUGGUUUAUUCACACUAAUCUGUUGCAUCCGUUUUGAUACAGAAUUCAAAAUAUCUUGGGUUUUUUGUGUGUGUGUGAGUGUGUGUAAGUGUGUGUGCGUGUGUGUGUGCUGCUGCUCUUCGCUCCCAGGGUCUCCAUAGCUCUCAGGUUAUUUAUGUUGGUGUGUGCUUACCGUGUGCUUCACGAGUUAAUAUGUUUGUCCCCUCAGACGCCACCUCAGUCUUCCAGACAUGUCCAAUCUUCAACAGACCAAUAAACACACACACACACACACACACACACACUUUUCACACACACAGAAGUGUAGAACUCUGCAGGUUUAACUUGUCAAAUGUUAUAAAAAUGUGUAGAGUGUAAAAGGUCAUCAAACUGUCUGGGUCAACAUCCCAGCAAUGUAGAGUCAGACAGGAAUGAAUGACUGAAUAAAUGAAUGACCAGGAUAUCAGACUGACCAAAUACUGAGAAAAAAGGGGUUAAACUGUCUGUAAGUUGUGAGAUUGCAUGUUUUGCUUGGAGAGAAAUCACUCGUCUAAAGGAGCUCGUCUUUGCUGCCCACUGACUCCGCAUCACGCUCAUCAGUUUAUGUUUAAUCUCUUGUAAACUCACCACAAAGCCAUAAACAGCAGAGAGAGGAAAGUGAGAAUAGUCAAAGUCUAAUUAACUGGUAAAUGCAGCUGGAGGGGAUUUUGUGAAGCACCAGCCACAGAGGCUGACGGGCAGACUGAAGUUACUUUCCUGCUCUGGUUGGAGCAUCCUGGUCAGAUAGCAUUUAAAAUCCUUUUUUUGAAAAUGCUUUCAAAUACAAAUGCUGUUUCUAUAUCACUGCUACUGUAUAAAAAUAUUGUUCAUUUCGGUUCUGAUGUUUUUGACUCAUUCAGUUAAAGUCCAGCUGAAAUGAAACGGCAUGUGUUUUGUCUGCUACAGCACACACAUCUGCUCUGUAAAUCACAAAAACAUCAGUAAUCAAAAGGGAUACCUUCAUAUUUUUUUGCAUUAAAAGAGUGUGAGUGUGUCUUUGAUUGAUUGACAGCUACUGAGACAAAAAGGAGACAUAUGUGAUAGUUCCCCACAGACUUUUUUUUCUUUCUUGUAAGAUUAAAACAGCGGUUGACAAUAAACUAACACACGUUUGGCUACACAAAGGAAUGACUAGAUGUGAUUUCAGUUGGACUUUAAACUUCGAUCAUUUCCAUCGGCUGUAGAGCCCAAGAUUCCCACUCAGAAUCUGUUUUAUAUUUUAAGAGACCUAUAUUUGCCAGAAGUUAAUCAUCUUCUCUUUUUUUGAAAAGUGUAAUAUUGAGGUGAUGAGCUAACAGUAUAAUUAAAUCUGGCUGCUCCUGUUUUUUUUUAGGCUGUACCUCAUUCACUUCAGGAUUUUAAAUUCUCUCUUGACCUGUCGGUCUGGUUUGUGUUUGUCAUAAAACACGUCUUGAGAACUUGUAACUUUCUUUAACCUUUUUUUAUUUCAACACUUUUUAUGCAUCUAAAUAAGGUGUGAAUGCCAGAUCAAUGCAAUCAUUUACAUGCAUGUUGGACACAACAAACAGUCAGAGUUAAAAGAGGUGAAUUUUGAAUGAGAAAAACUUCCAUGUGUAAAGUGACACGGCUCAGUUCUCUGCUGUCGGAUCAUCAAUCUAACAGCACGAUUAUCUGACGCCUUGUUGCUUUAGAUUCACACAGGACAGAACAUGCAGGGUACAGCUGACUUUAUCACAGAUAACAUUACAAAGUAUGUCAUUUCAACUGGUUUAGGCGCUGACAGCAGAAACAAGGAGAUACGUGAAUGUCAACAUCGUGAUAGACUGAAGUACAAAACAAAAAUGGUUAAAAAUCUGGUUUGGAUGAGCUUGCAGGUACCCUGCCUGUCUGUGUGAGUCUGUGCUGUUCUGUUCACAUCAACCUCAGUCUGAUGGCCGAGACGAAUUAACAAAUAAAAUACCUUUUGAUUUAUCAUUAAUGUACUUAUAGUCAGUGUUUUCUUUUGUCGCUGGAAAUGAAUGUGGAACUUUGUUAUUGAGAAAUGUUUGGGUCUGGAUCAGUGUCUCCUCCUGCAUCAAAAACAAGAAAUAAGAAAGUUCAUGUUUAUUUAUUGAGAUGUCAAAUCUCUAUUAUUAUAUUAUUAUUAUUAUUAAAUCUUUAUUGAUACUUCAGCAGAGGGAAACACUGAUGCAGAUUUCCCUGAUACCAUCAGUCAUUCAGCCACUUACAUAAAGACACCAAAACCACUCAAUAGUAUGCAGUAAUAUGGAGUAUCAUUUAUGAGGAUUGUAGAGGGCUGUGUUCAGGAAUUACUGUUGUUAAUGUUGAUGAGGAAGAUGAUGAUGAUGUCAGCAAUGACCUGAGACUUUAUGCAACUUUUUCUUUGCACUAGGGACACUGGCCUAUCACAGAGUUGAGGCCUGAUGGUCAGUGGUUUUGGGGAUCCAACGGAAACUUAUGAGUUUUCACAUCAGGUGGAAGAAAGUUUUAUUUGAGGCCUUUUCAGGAUCAGUUUGUGAAUUGAUUUUAAUUGAUUUUUUUCCUCAUGCUCUUUACAGUUGGUUAAAAAGCCCAUGUGGGUCGACAAGAGGCAGGAAAUUCAAGACAGAGCUGAAACAGUUAGUUGGUUGAUCUACAGAAUAUUAAUCUGCAACAAUUUUGACAAUUUAUUGUUCAAGUCAUUUAUAUCUGGAUAUGGCUUCUCAAAAUGUGAAGAUAAUAAACUGAAUAUUUUGGGAGGUUAUGGACAGUUGGUUACCUCAUCUUAAGUUUACGUGACCAGAAGUGCUGAAAAUCCAUAUGCUCAUCAUUUGUCAAUCAAAAUGACUGCUGCUUGUUCCAGUGUCCAGACAAAAACAGAUGAUCAGCCUCAGUCUAGUACACACACUGCCUUUGAAUAGGGCUUAGACAACAGUGAAUGCAAUCAACCUGAAGUUUCUUACUAUAAUUUUAUUCUUUCUUUUUAAAACAAAAAAUCUAGUCUGUUUAUGUGUUUUCUGAGGACAAUCAUGGGUGGUAAAUUUAACCACUCAUCAAUAAGAACAUAUGCAGGGCUCUUGAAGCCGAAUGCAGACCCAGACCUUCAGUUUUUGUUGCUGGCGACAGACAUUUUAUGGAGUUGAUUCUGUGGACAUAUGGAUCUGUUAGUAGAAGGGUAAUAUCUUUAAUGCACGUGUACUAAAGUCACAGCCUAAAGCAUUUGCAAUGCGUUUAAAUGGGUUAAAGCAUCUGUCGUAUGUGGGCCACAUGCCUUACUCACUGAACAUUUUAGGAGUGCAUAUCAGAGUUUCAGCCUUCUCAUCAGUAGAUGUAGAGAGAGAUUCAUUCAUAAACACAAAUCUUGACAAAACUGCACAAGAUUACAAACAUAGAAACUGUUCAUUUCUGCUUUAAAACAAAGAAAGCACAAUAUUUUUUAUAUGAAGUUACAUUUAAUCCAAUGAAACAUCUCUUCCUGUUUGCAGCCAUCCCUGAUUAUCAUAUUUGACAACGGCUUUACAGUUAAGGCAGCAAUUUAAUUUUCAACAGGCUUUUCAUUUCUAUAAACUUCUCUGAAAUUAGACUUCUCUGGAGUUAGACAUAUUAAUUAGAUUAUUAUGUGCAAUUGGCAUCAUCUUUUUGUCUUGAGAUAAUUUUAGCAACCACAAAGAUCUGGGCCAAACAGUCGAACGAUAACAUUUGUAGAAACUGUUUUUCUUUUUUGGAGUUCCAUAUUUGUGGGGCUCACAACAUUAGGACGAUUCUAGUAACAUCAGAUAGAGUUUCUGACUGACUCUAACUUAAAUUCACUUUUUUGCAUUAAACAAGAUCAAACCUCUUGAGCGCUGAGAAGAUUCAAUUCUUUCCAAAUGUUAUUCAAGCUAAAGUUACGACACCAGCCGCGGAUAGUCCAGUGCUGACGAAUAGGAAUAUUUUGAUACAACAGUUUCUUUCCUCCCAGGACCCCAGAGCACCACUGUCUGUCUGCCCUCAGCCUGUCUGUCUCUCUGUAUGCCUACAGCAACCUGAUAAUGUACUAAUGUAUGUGCUCAGAAGUAUUUUCUGUAAAAAUCAGACAAGAAAAGAAAUUUAUCCAUGGUGACACUGGGAAAACUGCCCCUUGUCUUUGUUAUGUUAAACUUUCUUGAGUCUGUGAAGCAAGAUUAUUGAUUUGUACCAAAAACUGGGUUGAAAACGAUCCACACCUCCUCCACACAAACACAUCAGGACAAAGAGGUUGCAUGAAUUACAUAGUCUCUAUUAUGGUACUGCUGUGCAUGUCUUGAAGUCCCAUCCCUCCACUAUACAAUCACUGUAACAUACCGGGGCGACACAAACUACCAACAUGGAAAAAGGUGAAUGAAUGAAACAAUAAUGUACAAAAUGAUCAGAGCCAACUGCGAAUCAUUGACUCUGUACAGUCAUUUCUUUGAAUUGAUAAAAUACAAAUUGUGAUAUUGAAA